AUGAACAUCUCCGAACAUGCCAAGAAACACGGCACGGUCUAUCAAAUCCAAUGCGAAACCCAAAACAAAGGAAAACGCGUGGCGUCUUCCAAAAGACGCAUUCGUUGGAGGUUUGGAUUUGCCAACUUACAAGCGGGCAAAACCGGCAAGGACUGUCGCGGAGCCGAACACGAGGUGGUCUUUGUAUGGUCCUUGAAUUCGGGCAAACAAUUGAUUCUAGCAGACGGGCAUGAGGUUCAUUGGGCCAAGAUUGGACGCAAGGAAAAAUUAGAAGUGGAUUGGAACAUGAGCAAUGGCAAUCACAAGCUCAAGGUGGUGGCCGAGCCGAGCGUCAAGUCUCGCAAGUCGACGGAUUCCCGACAGUUUGAUUUGUUGAUUGAUGGAAUCUCCUUUUCGGAUUUGCCCAGCAUUUAUCAAUUGGGAACGGAUGCUGCUGGUUCUUCCAGAACUUCUACUGCUGUUAGGAGUAGUGGAAAACCCGUGCUGCGGCAGGAAUCUCGCAGUUAUUCCAUGCCGGAUCUGUUGAGCCUUCCACAGCAACACACUCCGCCACCCCAGAAAACGAUGCAACAGCAAUCGCCAACUAGUUCUAUAGAUAUGACAGUCUUUGAUAACGGUGUUGGUGGUGUGGAAGUUCAAUUUCAGCAACCACCACUACCACCACAACAACAUCAGUGCCAACGAUCUCAGUCGGCAACGACUCUUCCACAAACGCAACCACUACCACAACAGCAAAAUCAACAACACCAGUAUCAACGAUCCCAUUCGGUGUCUUCUCCACAAAGAUCCCAAGCAACAGCAGCAGCAGCGGCUUCUUACAAUUACUCUUGGAACGAUGCCACGGCCAUGGUUCCAACUCCCCAACAAGCGUACCACUCCCGGAAUAGCUGGCAACCCCCAACGGCCCAUCAACAGCAACAACAACCACAAAUUUACAAUUGGAACGAUGCUGCUUCUCCUCAAAAACGAGGUUCCAUUGGAUCGUACGCCAGUAGCAGCAAUGCGAGCAGCAAUCCCUUUUUGACUCCACAAAAGUCAUUGAGUGGUUACUCGACUCCAACGUCCUCUGUCAAUCCAGGCUACGACUCGGACUUGAAUGACUCGCCUUUGUCGCAAGCCUUGAAAUCCUUGGGAUUGGAUACUUCGGCCCACAAUACUUCGUGUUCGGUGCAGGAUGAUCACAGUGUCACUUCUCAUUUGAGCGUGACAUCCAACCCUUUUGAUUUUGUGCAACCCUCCGUCCAAACCUAUUUGCCAACACUCAUGAUACCACAAGUGCAGCAACCGCAACCAAAUGCACAAUGGUAA